AUGCCCUUCGUUUCUGCUCCAGGCUGGAAGAGGGCAGGGGAAGUACUGGCUUGCUUCACACCAUCAAAGUACAGAGUGCUCUGACAGACAGUGUUGAAAAAACGGAAUGAAAAGAAAUCACCGUUAAGUGCUGCAGAGUGAUAAACAAGGAACAGGCAGUAAUAGCACAGUUAUUAAAAUCUUCCUGCUAGGUUAGGCUCAUAAGAUCAAGGAAAUUUAAGCAUUGCCAACUUCUUCAGAGAUUUCUAAGGAGGGGCUGUGGAAAAGUCAGUUUAGAAUGCUUUGAGAUUACAAUCUGUUUUGCUAAGCCUGGAAAUUUACCUGCCUAUUUUGUUCCCCACACUCCGAAACCUAGGCUGUGUACAUACCCCAUGCAUUUAAAGCAUAUGUUGCCCCCCCUACAAAAACUCAAAUAUUGGGAGUUGUAGUUUGUUAAGGGUGUUGGAAAAUCAAAGUGUGUGUGUGUGUGUGUGUGUGCGUGUGUGUGUGUCUGUGUGAACUACAGUUCUCAUGCGCUUCAAAUGUGGUGUAAAUUAUUUAUUUCACAAAAUUUAUGUGCCACUUCAUUGUGAAAAGCCUCAAAGUGGUUUACAAAAAGAAUGAAGUUAUCAAUAAAAACAACUACUUAAAACAGUCCAAAAAUUUAAAAUCAGUGAUAAAGUAAACACAGAUUAAAACACACAUCAAUAUUCCACAUCUUCUAGUCUAAAUCAGAGGUCUUUCUUCAUGUGCCCUCUACAUGGUUUUUAAACUGUUACAGAAUCAUAGAAUUGUCGUGUUGGGUGGUAACCCUGAAGGUCAUCCAAUCCAACCCCCUGCAGUACAGGAAUAUCUUACUAAAGCAUCCAUGACAGAUGGCCAUCCAACCUCUGCUUAAAGGUAUUGCUUUGUUUUUUAUUAUUAUUGCUAUGGGUUUGCAGGAGGCAAAGAUCCCCUAAAACUUCUGGGUACCACUAAUUUCUAGAGUUAGUUAAUGUAAUAAUAAUAAUAAUAAUAAUAAUAAUAAUAAUAAUAAUAAUUAUUUCUACCCCACCCAUCUGGCUGGGUUUCCCCAGCCACUCUGGGCGGCUUCCAACAUUAAAAAUACAUUAGAAACAUCAGUCAUUAAAAACUUCCCUAAACAGGGCUGCCUUCAGAUGUCUUCUAAAUGUCAGAUAGUUGUUUACUUCCUUGACAUCUGAUGGGAGGGCGUUCCACAGGGUGGGUGCCACUAUCGAGAAGGCCCUCUGCCUGGUUCCCUGUGACUUUGCUUCUCGCAGGGAGGGAACCCAGGUGCAAGACAGCUUAGCGUUGUAAAAAUGCAGGCUGAAAUCUGUUUCUUGGCCUGGGGAGAAGAACUAUCAUGUAGUAGAAAGGAAAGUAAUGGGCCACUGACACAACCUGUAAGCAGAAUAGGAGUUUGACCCCCUCCGCUGAUGAGGGGAUAGUGAGCAGAGACAAAUGCCAGGCUUAGGAUUUCAUUGUUUGAUGAUGUAAACUGGGAGGAGGAGCUUGCCAGGGUAACGGUGGGUGUGAUGUCACCGCAGGAAGAAAUGUGCCCCUUUUAAACUGAGCAGUUGUUUUCUGCAAGUGUUGCUGGGGAGGAGAAGGUGGAAGCAGGCAGAACUCCAUGCAUGCUGGCGAGGAGAGGCUGCACCAAGAGACGGGGGGCACGACUGCCUGCUGCUUUGGACCCAAGUUAUGAGGGCAGCAAUGAGAGACCCUGUUGGGGUGUAAUGUUCUGCCCUUCCUCCAUCAUAGCCCAGGUUGUAUGUGUAAGACACACCAUAUUUCUUAUAGACGCUAGUCUCUUCGGUGCUUUGUUCAAAAGGAACACAAAUCCUGGUUAAGCACCAAGAAGACCCCUGGAAUCUCAGCAGAGAUUGGGGUGGCCAGUGGCAUUUUGUAAUGUAUUUUUGUGUUUUUAUAUUGUAAAGGGCCCUGAGAUUCUCAGAUGAAGGGCAAUAUAUAAAUGUAAUUAAUAAUAAUAAUAAUGGCAGUUGGUAAAAGGCACUUCUGGCAACUGGGGCUACCUGAGCUGCCAGUGACAGACCUGGAUCCAGAAGCAGCCCCAGAUUGUGACUCUGCUCUUUCAGACAGAUUGAAACUCUCUCAAGAGCCAGCAGUUGACCAAUUUCUUGGACAUGGGAACUGCUCACCCACAGUGCCUUCAUCUUGCCAGAUCUAGCUGGCCAUUGUGAGAAUAAGAUGCUAGAUGGGCCAUUGGCCUGAUCCAGGAGUCUCUUGUUAUGUCUUAAGGCCUUGCUUGUUCUUCUUCAUGCCCAUAGUUGCUGCUUCUUGAAGUGGAGAAGUGACAAUCAGGGAAAGAGGUAAGCAUCCCCUCCCAUUGAACAAAAAGUACCAAACCUAUUUCCAAAAACUCUUUUUCUUUCUGUUGAGACAUGUCACUUCCUGUUUGAUUUCUAAUCAACAGCAGACAGAAGGUUCUUGACUGACUGGUGAUCUCUAAUACAAAGCAAACAAAUUACCCAUGCAUAUUAAUCAUGUCUUCUCCUCUAAAAUCAGCAAAGCUAAGUAUUCAAAACUGAAUGUAUACAAUUACCCAAUCUUGGCACAUUCACGAGCCACCACUGUUCCUGAUACCCAUAGCUAAUCUUCUCAGGUUUGUGGGAAGAGCUGACACUGCCAAUAGUCCCAAUGACUGAAGAGUAACUAUUGGUCAGUCUUCCAAAUAUCAUCUAAUAAAGUAAGUCUUGCCUAUACAAAAUUAACAUGCAAGGCUUUGUAUUCAGGGUUAAUUUCAUUCAUUUAGCUUGAAAGGGUUCUGCCCAGAUGAAUAAUUGCCUGGUACCUCUUGGUUUCGAGAGCUGAAACAUCUUAUCUUGGAAUGAAUUCCCAUCUCAGAUCCUUUCAAGUUCUUGGCUAGGUGACACAUACAUAUCCCUUAUGGCUGACAGAAACAGGAUAGAUUAAAACCCCAAAAUGGACCGUGUGAUCAUGCCAGUGCUUCAUCUUGAACAUUUGUUUGUUUGUUUGGGACUAUUCAUAUAAGGCAGGGAUGGAAAACCUGUGGCAUUAAAAAGAGCAGAAAUAGAAUGCAAUAGCAGUCUCUCCAACUGUUAUUCUCAGCAACUGGUAUACUGCCUCUAACAUUGGAGGUACAACAUAACCGUCAUGGCUGGUGGCCCUCCAGAUGUUAUUGCACUCCAACUCCCAUCCGGCUCUGUCACAAUGGUUAGGGAUAAUGGAAAUUGUAGUCCAACAACAGCUGGCAGGCCAAAGGCUUCCUAUCCUGAUAUAGGGAGUCCAAAUAUCACUCCCAGGGUGGAUCUACACUCAUGGUUUAUAACGCUAAGGAAGAAAAUAAAAAAAUAAAACAUUGUCCAGUAGCACCUUAGAGACCAACUAAGUUUUUUCUGGGUAUAAACUUUUGUGUGCACGCACACUUCUUCAGAUACUCUAAGGUGCUACUGGACAAUUUUUUAAUUAUUUUGACUGUGUCAGACCAACACAUCUACCUACCUGAAUCUAGAACGCUAAGGAAGAGUUAAGGAAUAUAUAUCUUAAUGUAUCGCUUGUAAUAUUAAUAAUGUGUUAUUAAAAUGUAACACCAGAGGGCACUGCAGAGUAACCAGGAACCAGCAGUAAGGGCAACUGUGUUGUUACAGAGGAAUGUUAAGGAGGAACCUUUAGCAGUACUGAAUGCCAUGUGAUGUUUUAGAUCGGUAUAUCUAAUAUUCGUCUAAUAAUGUUACAACAGGGUAGAUCCAGUCCCAAUGCUCACUGGCUCUCUGAUCACAGAAGCAAAUGUUACUGUCAGCUAAUCUUGCAUGGCUCUGGUUUUACACUAGGGUAUGUAGAGGAGUUCUACAUGGUUUUCCGACAGCUAUAAAAUUUGGCUUCCCACAUCCAGAACUGAACCUGGGUCAUAUUCUGAAAACAUUGUAUGUUCUUUCUAGUCAGGGUGGUUUUAGGGAGCUGGGAUAUAGCUUGUGGUGUUAGCACUUGUUAGAUUAAUGCAUUUUACCUGCUUCAAGCCUUUAGAAUGGGCGGGUGGCGCUGUGAGUUAAAGCCAAUCGAAAGGUCGGCGGUUCGAAUCCCCGCGGCGGGGUGCGCUCCCGUCGAUCAGUCCCAGCGCCUGCCAACCUAGCAGUUUGAAAGCACCUCCGGGUGCAAGUAGAUAAAUAGGGACCGCUUACCAGCGGGAAGGUAAACGGUGUUCCGUGUGCUGCGCUGGCUCGCCAGAUGCAGCUUGUCACGCUGGCCACGUGACCCGGAAGUGUCUCCGGACAGCGCUGGCUCCUGGCCUAUAGAGUGAGAUGAGCGCACAACCCUAGAGUCUGUCAAGACUGGCCCGUAUGGGCAGGGGUACCUUUACCUUUACCUAAGGUAUAACUAAAUAUAUUCUAAUUGUCUGCUAGAAAUGUUUUUGUGUAACAACAUAUGCAACAUAUCAACCUUGAUUCUAUUCUUUCUGGAACUCAUUAAACACACUCAGUCCCUCAAAACACACUCAAAAGGAAUCAAAUCACCGGAAACCUCUGCUAUUUAGAGGAUGGCAAAAUUGUGAAUGUGUUUGUAAAGGUGUUCAGUAAUCAUGGACAAAGGUUUCAGUAUAGGUGGCUCCUGUUAGGCCAACUAAAAUGUUACAAAGUAUUGUGCAAGCUUUCGAGUUCUCUAGAUGGUAUUUUCUAGGGUGGAGACGUAGCUCCAACCAAUAAUAGUUGAGGACAUAGGGCGGCAUUCACCUAUUGAGUCCUGUCAGCCAAGGACUUCUGCUUGCACAAGAAGGCUUCCCCAUCCUUCCUCCAUACACUCCCUGCAGCCCCCCAAAAUUGGCUCUGGGGUCAGAAGAACCCCCAAAAAUGUGCACUGGGGAGGAGAUGGGGGGUUUGUUCCAUUUGGCAAGUUGAAAUGAUAGGUCUAAUGGAAUGAUCACAAGAGUGUGGCGCUGAAUUCCUCCCACUAUUUAACUCUAUAAUUCCUAAUUACUACAUUCUGUCCCCACCUAAAUCACAACUCACAUGAAGUCCUUCAAAGGACAAAUAAUGAAUAACACUUCUCAGGUGUAGGCAGUGCUUUUUUUCUUAAAAAAAUGUGUAGGGGUUACUCUCAUUUUCCUACUCAUAUUGAAAUACUGUCCCCCAAUGAGGCCAAACUUAGUAUCACAAAAUAUUUAGGGGUAUGCAUACGCCUGCAUCCCCCCAGAAAAAAACACAGAAGCCUCUCCAGCUUCUGGGGUUUCUGUCCAUUACUGGGGUCUCAUGACUUCCUGAUCAGCAGUUUUUGUGAAUGGCCCCAAAUGUCCAAGUUCAGAACUGUCAGUGAUUCUCAUGGGGUAAUCUCCUUCCUCUUUGGUGACUGCUGUGGUACUUCUGGUAUGCCUGUCCGUAUAAAUGCAGAUAUCAUUCUUGUUGCCACUGUUACCUUGUUCUUCUUUUUAGUAUAAAGCAAGGUUACUCACUUUGUAUGCCCAAAACAAGACACUAUAUAUUGCUGAACAGGCUGACACACAACAUAAGAAAAUGUAAAAAAGCACAAGAAGCUUAAGGCUGAAGUCUUAGUUCCAACCCAAAAUAAUUGGAGACAAUAUUUCACUUUGUAAUGACAAAUUACUACAGUAUUGGCUCCAUCCUCCUUUGAUAGGAUGCAGUAUAAUGGUACCUCGGGUUACAUACGCUUCAGGUUACAUACGCUUCAGGUUACAUACGCUUCAGGUUACAGACUCUGCUAACCUAGAAAUAUUGCUUCAGGUUAAGAACUUUGCUUCAGGAUGAGAACAGAAAUCGUGCUCUGGCGGUGUGGCAGCAGCGGGAGGCCCCAUUAGCUAAAGUGAUGCUUCAGGUUAAUAACAGUUUCAGGUUAAGUACGGACCUCCAGAACGAAUUAAGUACUUAACCCAAGGUACCACUGUACUAGAACUUGUUAUCAAUGCCUCAGUAUGUCAGUGGCUCAGCACAAAUAAUUUCCCAUCUAUAUCUCUGUACCUCUGCCUGGUUCCUUCUAUUUUGGCUUUGCAAUAGCAAACAGCAGGGACUCCUCUGAAACGAGCCAAUAACCCUAUGUAGUGAAAAUAAAAAGCAUUCCAACUUCUGCUAGAGAAUUAAGUGCCUGUAUGAUGUCGAAGAACCUUAUUAUAACAAGCAAGAUUCUCCAUAGCAAUGUAACUGCAGAUAGGUUUUGUUGUUGAGAUCUUUAGUAUUUCUCUGUCAACCACAGACCCCUUCUUUAAAGUAUUUGUUCAAAAUAGCACAUGCCUAUUUUGAAACUUUCCAUCUGUCAUGAACUUCUGCAAACUCUUCUGAAAAGUGCUGAAAUUUACUAGCUGGCUUCCAUUUAAUAUGAAUAUGAAAUUUAGUUCCUGGGUUUUCUUUCUGUAAACAUUCCUGUUAAACAUGGACAGAUCAAUCUAUUGCCAGUUUGUGUAAUUUUUGCAUCUGUUUAUUCCAUUUUAUUUUUGCAUCAAUCUGCAAUUUUAAAAAAGAAAUACUAUUUUUUAAAAUAGUACUUAAAUAGGCAUCUUAUAUCAACACACACAUUUCUGAAUAGAUUUUAUCCUAAACUACAUGCUUUAUACAUAUUUUAUACAUCUUGGUACAUUUAGUGAGCCAAGAACUACUGUAAAAUUCAGAGAUGUACAAAACAUUAAAAGAUUAUAUUUGCAAAGUAUAAAAAGAUUUGUGUAUUAGGCUGCAGACAUUAUUGGCUUAAAUGCAGCUAGGUUGUUCUUUUUUCAAUUCAUAUCAAAACUGGUUUGGGAGAAAAUGCAGGGGCAUGUAGUAUUUCAUUUUUAAAAAAAGACAGGAUAAAGGAUAUAUAUGGAUUGUGGUUAACUGUCAUCUUUACACCACUUUCCAAACCAGUAGUGGGGUAGCGCAAGAUGCAGAAUAAACAGGAGUGUAUACACAGCCUUCAUCUGGGAUGCAUGAAUUAAAAUGUUUAAAAAUGCAGAGUGAACAAAAUUAUCCCCAAUGUCUAGAAGCUCUUGUACAACUUAAAGAGCUAGGUUGCUAUUAUUACAUUUAUUGAUUACAUUUUUAUCCUGUUCUUUUCCAGAGCUCAGGGGAAUCCAUCCCUUCCCAAGAACCCCGUGAGUUUUCAGAUGAAACAAAACUAUUCAGGUGGAUAA